GAGUCGCAGUGCACGCUUGUAUGCCUCCGCCGGCAGAGGAAAUGCUCCUAGACCAAUCACAUCUGUGUUUACACCAUCACCUGUCAAACACACAGCCUCUGCUACAUUUUCUCUCUGAAAGGAGCUGAAACACACACUCACACUGAAGCGCCUACGGUAGCCGCUAACUGGACGGACUCUCUGGCAAUCGACCUUUUGCAGUGGAAUAGCGGAACAAGUCUUGAACCAUGAGCUCAGUGGCAGUGUUGACCCCGGAGAGCUUUGCGGAGCAUCGCAGCGGCCUCAAGGACCAGGAGAUUACAGGCUGCGUCCCGGAGGAUGAGGCCUACAUCCCCACCUACCUGGAGGCCUUCCCUCCACUGCCGGAGAAAGGGGCACCGGGGGACAAGGCAGGGGAGCCAGCUUCAGCGUGGGGGAGUAAGAUCAGGCCCAUCAAAGCCUCUGUCAUUACCCAGGUGUUCCACGUGCCCCUGGAGGAGCGGCGCUACAAGGACAACAGCCAGUUUGGGGAGGGUGAGGAGGCCAAAGUCUGCCUGGACAUCAUGCAGAGGACGGGGGCUCACAUCGAGCUGUCGCUGGCUAAAGACCAGGGUCUGUCCAUCAUGGUCACUGGAAAACUGGACUCUGUAAUGAAGGCUCGCAAGGAGAUUGUAGCUCGUCUGCAGACGCAGGCCUCUGCUACAGUUGCCAUCCCCAAGGAGCAUCAUCGUUUUGUCAUCGGUAAGAACGGCGAGAAGCUACAGGAGCUGGAGCUGAAGACCGCCACCAAGAUCGCUAUUCCACGACCUGACGACCCAAGCGCCAACAUCCGCAUCACCGGCACCAAAGAGGGCAUCGAGAAGGCUCGCCAUGAGAUCCUUCUGAUCUCUGCUGAACAGGACAAGCGUGCGGUGGAGCGUCUCUCCCUGGAAAAAGCUUUCCACCCCUUCAUUGCCGGCGCCCACAACCGCCUGGUGCAGGAGUUGAGCCAGGAGACAGGCGCCCGCAUCAGCAUCCCACCACCGAGCCUGCCCAAGGACGAGAUCGUUAUCACGGGGGAGAAAGAGGCCGUGGCGAUGGCGCUCAGCCGCAUACGAGCCAUCUACGAUGACAAGAAGAGGAAGACCACAACCAUCUCUGUGGAGGUGAAGAAGUCUCAGCAUAAAUACAUCAUUGGUCCAAAGGGAAACACUCUGCAGGAGAUCCUGGAGACCACGGGCGUGUCUGUAGAGAUGCCUCCUCUGGACUCUGGCUCAGAGACCAUCAUCCUCAGGGGGGAGCCCGACAAGCUGGGGCCGGCGCUUACACAGGUGUACGCAAAGGCUAAGAGUGUGAUGGUGGUGGAGGUGACUGCUCCAGCCUGGCUGCAUCGCUUCAUCAUCGGCAAAAAAGGGCAGAACAUCGGACGGAUCACACAACAGCUGCCCCGGGUUCACAUUGAGUUUACAGAUGGGGAGGAGCGCAUCAGCCUGGAGGGGCCGACGGAGGAGGUGGAGCAGGCUCAGGCUCAGAUACAAGAGAUCAUCAAGGACCUGCUGGUAAGGAUGGACUACACUGAAGUCAUCAUCGACCAGCGUUUCCACAGACACCUCAUCGGAAAGAACGGAGCCAACAUCAACCGGAUCAAGGAGCAGUACAAAGUCUCAGUACGGAUCCCACAGGACUCUGAGCGGAGUGGUCUGGUCCGGAUUGAGGGAGACCCAAAAGGGGUCCAGCUGGCGCGCAGAGAGCUCAUUGAGAUGGUCCAGAGGAUGGAAAAUGAGCGCACCAAAGACCUGAUCGUGGAGCAGAAGUUUCAUCGGACAAUCAUCGGCCAGAAAGGAGAAAAAAUCAAAGAAGUUAGAGACAAGUUCCCAGAGGUCAUCAUCAAUUUCCCUGACCCGGCACAGAAGAGUGACAUUGUGCAGCUGAGAGGGCCGAAGAACGAGGUGGAGAAAUGUGCAAAGUUCCUCCAGAAAAUCAUCGCUGAUUUGAUCGAGAACAGCUUUUCGCUCUCAGUACCGAUCUUUAAGCAGUUUCACAAAAACAUCAUCGGAAAAGGUGGUGCCAACAUUAAAAAGAUCCGUGAAGAGACCAACACUAAGAUCGACCUGCCGACAGAGAAUAGCAACUCUGAGAUGAUCGUCAUCACAGGCAAGAAGAGCAACUGUGAGGCAGCCAAAGAUCGGAUCCUCGCCAUCCAGAGAGAACUCGCCAACAUCAAAGAGGCGGAGGUCACCAUCCCCUCCAAGCUGCACAACUCCCUGAUUGGCUCAAAGGGCUGCCUGGUGCGCUCCAUCAUGGAGGACUGUGGCGGCGUCCACAUCCAUUUCCCCUCUGAGGGCUCCGGCUCGGACAAGGUCACCAUCAGAGGGCCUGCUGGAGAGGUGGAGAAGGCCAAGAAACAGCUGCUGCAGCUCGCUGAGGAGAAGCAAGUAAACAAUUUCACAGCCGAGCUCCAGGCCAAACCAGAGUACCACAAGUUCCUGAUUGGCCGUGGAGGGGCAAAUAUUCGCCGUGUGCGGGACAGGACGGGGGCUCGUAUAAUUUUCCCGUCGCCAGAUGACAGCGAGCAGGAGCUGAUCACCAUUGUUGGGAAGGAGGAAGCUGUUCGUCAGGCCCAGAAGGAGCUGGAAAGUCUGGUCAAAAACCUGGAUGAUGUAGUGGAGGACAGCAUGGUUGUAGAUAUCCGCCACCACCGUCACUUUGUGUGUCGGAGAGGCCAGGUGCUUCGGGAGCUCGCUGAGGAGUAUGGAGGGGUCGCUGUGAGCUUCCCUCGUACGGGAGCAAACAGCCAGCGAGUUACUCUGAAGGGAGCGAAGGACUGCGUGGAGGCAGCCAAGAAACGCAUCCAGGAGAUCAUCGAGGACCUGGAGUCCCACGUAAGCGUGGAGGUGGCGAUCCCUCAGCGCUACCACCGGGCCAUCAUGGGGCCCAAAGGCUGCCGCAUCCAGCACAUCACCCGGGAACAUGAGGUCCAGAUCAAGUUCCCUGAGAGGGACGACAGCGCUGCAGGUCAGGAGACUUCGUCCCAGGAAAACGGUGAAGUCAGUCCAGAAGCGGAGUUCAUCCCACGAAAGUGUGACAUCAUCUCAAUCGCUGGGCGUGCAGAGAAGUGUGAACUGGCAAAAGCAGCCCUGCUGGCAUUGGUGCCGAUAACGGAAGAUGUUGAAGUUUCGUACGAGCUGCAUCGCUACAUCAUUGGACAGAAGGGCAGUGGGAUCAGGAAGAUGAUGGAGGAAUAUGAGGUGAACAUCUGGGUGCCGCAGCCAGAGAAACAGCUUGAUGUGAUAAAGGUGACAGGCCUGGCGGCUAACGUAGAGCGAGCCAAACAGGGUCUGCUCGAGAGGGUCAAAGAACUGCAGGCUGAGCAGGAGGAUAGGGCUCUGCGCAGUUUUAAGGUCACCAUGUCUGUAGAUCCGAAGUUUCAUCCCAAAAUUAUUGGACGAAAGGGAGCGGUUAUCUCUCAGAUCAGGAAGGACCACGAUGUCAGCAUCCAGUUCCCCGAUAAAGGAGACGAGCAGCAGGAUCUGAUCGUGAUAUCGGGGUAUGAGCGUAAUGUGGAGGAAGCGCGUCAGGCCAUCCAGCAGCUGGUGGCCGAGCUGCAGGAGAUGGUGAGCCAAGAUGUUCACCUGGACCCGAGGACCCACGCACGCAUCAUUGGAGCUCGUGGCAAAGCUAUUCGCAAACUAAUGGAAGAGUUUAAGGUGGACAUCCGGUUCCCUCAGCCAGGCUCUGAUGAGCCCGACAAAGUGACAGUUACAGGUCUUCCAGAGACUGUUGACAAUGCGAUUGACCACCUCCUCAACCUGGAGGAAGAAUAUAUGCUCAGUGUGACAGAGACAGAAACUUUGGCAGCAUACAUGAAGCCUCCUUCUCGAUACGGAGGAGGAGGUGGAGCUGGAGGACUGGAUGAUAGCAGUGGGGGUCCGGCUAAGGGCUUUGUUGUUCGAGACGCCCCCUGGAAUGCAGCAGGGAACAAGGCGCCUGACAUGAGCAGCGCUGAGGAUUUCCCCACCUUCGGGACAGGCGUGGCGCCGAAGCAAGCGUCCGCCUGGGGUCCCAAAAAAUUCUGAAGCUGUUCAUCUUAAGGAAAAAAAAACAAACUUCUGUAAAGUAGACAAGAGAUGAAAAAAUCUCUCAUCAAAUUGCUGCUCGCCUUCCUCCCUCCUCCUCUUCUCCUUAGUGACCUCCCUACAUCUCUCUGUACUCCUUUCAACCAUGCUCCCAAAACCAGCCGCAAUGAAUCAUGGGAGAAAAAUCCCUUGUUUUUUUCUCAUCUGUCUCUCCUCCUAGUCUCUCCUCCUUAAUUUCUGAGAGAAAAAAGGAAUAUUUGAGUGCUCUACUUGUAGUUCUGCGGUCCUGCUCUGCCUCUUGUUGCACACUUGCUGGUCUCAAGAUUUUUAAAACCUGUCUCCAAUUUUUCACCUUUGGAUGCUUAACUCUUCACAAAACAAUCAAAGAACCACCUCACUGCAAAAAUGAUUAAGAAGGUUAAUCAAGUGGAAAAGGGGGGCUAUAGCUAAAUAACCACAACUAAAGUUCAUUUUCAAACAUGCAAUCUUUUAAUGUUCUUUCCCCUUGAUUUCUACAAGGAGGUUUUCUAGUUGGCUCAUCUUUGGGGUCAGCAAUUUGGGGCAGCAGGAAAGGCAAUGAGCUAUGUGUGUGAGAGUGUUUGUGGGUGAAGGAGAGUUUUUUUUCCACCCACGAUUGUCUUUAACCCCCCCCCCCUUUACAAUUAUGCCGGAGCCGGGAGAAAAAUCAGCUGCUGUAGUCGACUAUCUGGACAUUUUCUUUGUGAAGCAAAAGACAUGGACGUUUGUUUGUAAAGGUUGUUUUAACUGUUAAUUUAUUAUGAAAAGGAGCCAUUUUAUUUGAACUACUGUGAGCAUACGUUUUUAUAAAAGCACCCACUGUAGCUUGAUGCUUUUGUUUGGGAGUGAAUGCUGUAUGUCGGGGUUUGGGAACAUGUCAACAGUUGUUAUGUGUAAGUGUACAAAGAACUUUUCGCUAUUUUUUUAAAACUGUGUCGGAUUCUUUUUUUGUUGGUGGUGGUUUCUGGGACAUUUGGAAGAUUGUGUGUGAGUGUGUGAGUGCGAACAAAAAUUAAGAUGUGUAUCUGAAUGAAGCUGAACCAAACUUUGACACCAUCUUUGUCCAUUUGUCUCUCUUCUCAUGACUUCAUUAGGGGUUUAAG